AUGCCAAAAAUCGAUAGCAAAGCAGAAGAAGAGAAAUCAGAAGCUUCUGAGAUGGUAACAAAGCCGCCCAAAGCGAAACAGCAAAGCGAAAAGGAGUGUCAAACCGAAUAUUGCUGGCAGAAAAAGAGAGGCGUGCCGCUAACAAAAUUCUGCGAAUUCCACGAAAACGAGUGUGAGACUGCCUAUCCGCAGCAUUCUGAGCAACGCUGUCGCGAAGUGGAUCGCCGACCCAGCACGCAGCAACAAAUUUCUCUGCCAACACGAUUGCAAGAACAAAUGAGGGCAAAUCAGAGUUCUUGCGACCCACCACCGUGCUGUUUUCCACAAUUCCCUUGUUGCUGUGAGCAGCCCAUGGAGGGCUGUGAUCCGGAAGGGCGGCCACCAUCCGCAUACUGUUCUCCACCAGCAACGUCACAAAUGCCGUCGAGUUGUUGCCCGCCGCCCAUAUCGCCACCGCCAUACUGUCUUCCAACAACACCGCCUUGUUGUUAUGAACCACCGCCAUGCUAUGGUCAGGAGUGCCCAUGUUGCUGUCAACCGAUUCGAUUUUGUUACGCGGCUCCCUGCAGCUAUACGAAUCCUGGUUCAUCUCCCUGA